UUUUUCAGAUCAUUACGGUAUCUUCACACAGCAGCCAUUUUUGUUUGGCCGUUUGAAGCUUCUUUUUCAACACACAGGUGUCUAACAGCUUUAUUUCAACUCUGAGUAGCUAGCUAGGAGAUGGAGACCACACAGGACCCUGCAGCGCGUGUUUGGUUGCCUCCAGACCCAAAGACCCAGCCCAGAAUCACGGAUUUCUUCCAUAGUAGCCCAGAGAAGGGGGGCACCUCAGAGCAGCUGCAAGAUGGGCUGCAAGAUGAAGCUGGAACAACUACAAGCUCUGCGGAUAAAACACAGCCAAACGCAACAAAUCCUUCACCCAAAAAGAGCGUCAAAGAACCGAAAAAGACAAAUACUUCAACACCUAAAAAAAGAGGUCGAGCAAAAAAGGCUACGAAUAUGGGGGAUGGCGAAAUCCCAAUAGUGGAACAGGUUCCAGUUGGAGACAUAUUUUUGGGUGAGGAGAUGAUAGUCCAGACAUCGCUCAACCCAGUAGAAAAGCCGUUUGUGGAAACUCCACCUAGCAAGAAACGUAGACGGUCAUUCACUGUACAACAAAAACGAGAGGUGAUCGAAUAUGCAAAAAAACACAGUCUCUACAAAGCAUCAAUCGAAUACAAACUUAGCUGUGGUACGAUUGGUCCAUGGAUGAAGAAAGAUUUCUCUGAAAUGGAAAGCAUGAGUUUGCGAGCACAUGGAUCGGGGAGAAAGCUUUCGUACCCUCAACGAUUUGAGCCUACAAUAACCCAGUGGAUUCUCGAGCAAAGAGAUAUUCGACCUAGCAUCACCACUCAAGAAAUAAUCGAUUACGCUUGUUCUCUCAUCAAAGCAGAGUGUCCUAAUUUCAGAGGCACCCGAGGCUGGUUUCAAAAAUUCCUAGUUCGAAACAACAUCUUGAAUCCAGACAGUGAGCCACUUUCAAAGACACUUCCUCCUCCUUUAGAGGAAAAAAUCACCAACUUUCUCGAGACUCUCAAGAAAACACGAGCUGAAUACGAUUAUCCAUCGGAGCUCAUAGCGAACAUGGAUGAAGUGAUUGUCAAUAUUGACAUGGCUAGCAACAGAAAGACUGAUAGAAGCAAGACAAUGGUGUUCCCCACGUACACAGUUGGGGGAGAGACACAAAGCUACACACUCGGAGCUGAGAAACAGCACAUCACAGUGGUCCUGACUGCCUUAGCCAACGGGACACUCCUCCCACCAAUGAUCAUCUUCAAGGGUGUCAAAACUCCCAAACACAUUAGUAUGCCGAGUGAUUGGCUUGUGUGUGUCCAGGACAGUGGGUACCUUGACUCUAGUCUAAUGGACCUUUGGACCAGGGAGAUUUGGCUAAAGCACACCCAGUCUCAAAAAGCUCUCCUAGUGAUGGAUUGCUGCCACCCACAUGUGACAGAGGACUACACGACUACUCUAUCUCAAAACAACACCACCGUGCACCAAGUCCCAGCCGGUUGUUCGACUAAGCUACAGCCUGUGUCUGUUACACUUGCCACUCCCUUUAAAGACCUAUGCAAAACCUUGUGUGCAAUCUACUAUCAAGCAAAGCUAAGCUCUCUACAAAACCCAGGUGACAGGCUAAGAUCUGCUUCUAAAGAGGAUAUCUGCCCUUGGCUAGUUUCUGCCUAUACACAUGUGACUAAGAUGCAAUCAGAAGUUGCCAUGUCUUUCCUAACUACUGGCCUAACUCUAGCUAUUGAUGGCUCGGAAAAUGGCUUGUAUCGAAUUGACAACAAGGUAGAGGCUAAACCUAUUCAAGACCAACCUAUUGAAGAGAAAGUCGAGCAAGAAGAUGUUCAAGAAGAUGUUCAAGAAGAAGCUGUAGUGACCGAGAUAGUGACCGACCUAGCACAAGCACAAGGAGAUCCAGUAGUGGCUCUUACAGAGCUCGAUAAUUCCCUAAGUUCACUCAAGACUCUCUAUAGCUACAUGCUACAAAUGCAAAACAAGGCUCUCUCUGAAAGUGACAUGCAGAUACUAGAAGAACAGCUACAAACACAAUAACCUGUUGUGUACAUACAUGUUCAGACACAUGACCCUACGUAUAAUUAUGUAUUAUAAUUAUAAUUAUAGCUUCAUAAUAAUUAUUAUUAUAACCCUAACAUUCAGUUUUUUUCAUGCCAUACUUUGAGGUGCAUUUUCGUGAGGUGCAA